UUCUAUAAAUAGCCUAAUUGGUAUGAAUGAAAGACCCAUCACACAAAAAGUGAACAGGAAAGAAAUGCCAACAAUUCUCCUCUAUCAAUAGUUACACAAACCCCUUCUCUAUCUCCUUCUUCAAAUUCUUCUGAAUUCAUCACUACAAUUCAAUUAAUGGAGGCUGAAUGCUCAUCUCUCACCUGGGAAUUCUCCACUCAUCAAGAAGAUGGAAUGGAAGAGCUUAGGCAUGCUCUUUUGUACACAACUUUGGAGCUUGAAACAACAAUCAUGUCAGCAAAGGAGGAGAUUUUGAGGAGAGAAUGUGAAAUUAUGAACUUGAGAGAUCUUUUGAACAGAGCCAUUAAAGAGAAAGAUGAAGUUGAAGCAAAAUGUGGGAAGUUGAUGUUUGAGAAUUUGUUUCUGCUUGAUCAACACAAAAUUCAAGAACAUGAACUCACUCCACAAAGUGAUAGUGACUCUAGUAAGAUCUUUGCUUGUUCUGAUUCUGAUGAUAAUAACACAAUUCAAUCUUCUCAGACUGACCUAAUUGUGGGAGACCCAUUGUUGUCAAAUGAACACCCACCAACUGUUUGGAAAAAUGCCUGUGAGAGUGAGAAGCCAUUGUUAUCUCAAGAACUCCCUCCAACUGAUUGGAAAAAUGCCUGUGAUAAGCCAUUGCCACAGAAAGGCAAGCUUCUGCAGGCUGUAAUUGAAGCUGGCCCUCUUCUCCAGAACCUUCUCCUUGCCGGGCCGCUGCCUCACUGGCAGCACCCUCCACCGCUCGUCGACUCGGGCGAUAUCCCGCCGGUGAUCAUUUCACCUCGCCCUUCACAACCCCUACCUCAAAGCUCACCCAUUGCCACUAGAAAGAGAAGCCAUUCAUUUCUGUCUGAUAUUUCUCAACAUCCUCUCAAGCAUCAAAAAGUGGUUUAGUAACAGUCUCAAUGACUCUAAUUCCUCAUUCUCUCUAAUUCUUUUCAAUGCCCUUCUACUUAAUUUAUUGUCAUCUUUUUUCUUUUUGCUGUGAUUGUGAGAUGUGUAAUUUGGAGUUUGUUCCAUUCUCUAUCAAAUCACAAUUACACCAAAAAAAAAAAAAAAAAUGUGGGUUGAAAAGAAGAAAAAUAAGGGGGAAAUUUCUCAUUCACUUUGAUCCAAGUACAAAGUACUUGAACAAAUUCUUUCGUGAUGCUGCAAAUGCCAUACAUUUGAAGAACAACUGUGGCUUUGUUUAUGGAUCAUUUUUCAGUUCUGUACCAUAUAACUUUUUAUUACUAAUGAAAAUCAAAACUUUUGCUGCUGAAUGUUGAGGUUAA